AUGAGCGAUAGCAUGAGCAUUCGCAGGGAGGAGGACCCGGCCUUCUGGGCGCCGGGUACUGUUACACUGGAGCAGGUCAACUCAGUGACAUCAGGAGAGCUGAUGCUCCACCCGGAGCCCAGCUCCGACCCCGACGACCCGUUGAACUGGAGCACGAUGCGAAAGCUGAUCAACUUUUCCAUGGUCGGAUCCUUCGUUCUCUGGACUUUUGUCCAGCUCCAGGUCGGACCAACAGCAUGGGGACCCAUGAUGUCGCAACUUCAUCUCUCAAUCGACCAACUGAACCAGGGCAACGCCAUGGUGGCUACCGGACUCGCUGUCGGCUGCAUUUUGUUUGUGCCCUUUGUGCACAAGUACGGAAGACGCCCUCUCUAUGUCAUGAGCUCAGCGAUGCAGUUGGCUUCAGUCAUCUGGCAAGCCAAGACAAACACCUACGGCGAUCUGAUGGGUGCCAGCACCAUUAGCGGACUUGGAGGAGCUGUGGGUGAGGCCAUUGUCCAAAUCACCAUCGCCGACGUCUUCUUCGUACACCAGCAUGGAACCAUGAACGCAUGGUACCUGAUCUUUACAUCUGUGGGUGCUACUCUCGGACCGGUCGCCUCCGGCUUCAUUGUGCAGAACCAAGGCUGGAGAUGGACUUGGUGGUAUUGCACCAUCUUCCUGUCCAUCAAUCUUUUCCUGGUCAUCUUCUUCUUCGAAGAGUCCAAGUACGUGCCUGUAAUCCAGGGUCAUAGCGUGCACCACACGACUACUGAAACAGAGACACCGAAGAAUGACCGCGCCGACGAUUUUGAGCUAGACAAGAAAGCCCGCCGCGAGCAGCACGCUAGCGAACUCCAAAGACUCGAGUCUAGAAUCGACCCGACUCUGCCUAGGAAGACGUACCGCCAGCGCAUGGCCCUUUACACAAAGUCUGAAGGCACAAUCAUCCACCAUUUCUACCAGCCAGUUAUCAUCUUGUUCACAUUUCCAGCAGCUACCUACGCAGCGUUGACUUAUGGUAUGCUUUUGGCAUGUCUGGCUCUGAUGAGUUCGAUGAGUGCCACCUACAUGCUUCAGCCACCUUACAAUUUCGGACCAUCCGGCGUUGGACUCAUCAACCUUGCCCCUUUCACUGGUUCGGCUAUCGGAUUCUUUGUCGGCGGUCCUAUGAACGACUUGUCCAUCAAGUAUCUUGCAAAGCGCAACAAGGGUAUUUACGAGCCUGAGAUGCGAUUAUGGGUAGGCCUUGCAGCAGCAAUUCUGCUACCGGCCGGUCUCAUCAUUUUCGGCGUUGGUCUGCAAAAGGGCAUGCAUUACAUGGUUAUUUGCGUCGGCUUUGCCCUCUUUGGCUUCUGCUUCGUUUUCGCCAGCGGUGUCGCUCUCUCUUACACAACGGAUUGCUACCAGGAGAUUCUCGGUGAUGUGAUGAUUGGAGUCACUUUUGUGCGAAACGUCUUCUCCGUCGUCAUCCUCUUCGCGCUCACCCCAUGGAUCAAGAGGAAUGGCAUUCAGAAUGUGUGUCUUAUAACGGCAGGCGUUUGCUUUGUAGUCCUUUUAUUUCCCGUUCCCUUGCUCAUCUGGGGCAAGCGCAUUCGCAUCGCAACGGCGCAAAAGUACAGGCACAUGGCGCUUCUUCAGCCAUCUCAUCGAACUGUAGAGAACUAG